UGUCUAUUACUUAUGCCUUGGUGAUCUUCCUCGGUGAUGUGGACCAGACGAGAGUAGCCGAGCGCAGAAACCAUCCCCAACCCCCCUUUGUGUAUAUAUUUUUUUUAAUACUUAGUGAGGAAAAACUGUCAACCAUAUCCAAAGUGCAGGACCAAAGAGAAGUAAAUAAUGUAUGCUUUUGUUAGGUUCUUUGAAGACGAUAUGUGCUACGCGUUGCCCGUUUCAAAUGUGGAAGAUUUCAGACCUCUGCACAAAACAGAUUUUGAUAAUCAGAAGGUGUAUCUGGUUCACAGAACUGAGGAGAAUGGCAGCACAGGCCAGCCGUGCGAAGCACAGAUCCUUGCCCUUGCAGAAACAGUAGAGGAAUUUGAAGACAGUAUAAUGCAAAAGAAGAUGAAAAUUCCCAAGAUGUCCAUCAAGAAUUCAGGAAACUCUAUUGAGAACCAUUUUGGGGAGGAGAGGAUGCCACUCAGACAUAAAAAGGCCCUGUCACAGGACCAUGGACGCCCCUCUUCCAACUCUUCUAAGAGUCUGGCAGCAGUAGUGGCUCGCCUGGAAAGAAAUGCUGCCAGCUCCUGUAUGGAGGGUGAGGAGGACCUGGAGGAAGACCGUCUGGCAGAGGAGGAGGAGGAUGCCGAUGAUGAGGAAGAGGAUAUGGAGGCGGAGCAUCAGCAUCAACAUCAUCACCAGCAACAACAACCACAACAACAACAACAACAUGCGGAAGUAGACACUGACUGUGUGUCUGAGGUGGCUGCAGCGGUGGUUCCUAGAGUCUUGUAUGAGGAGCUGGUUCAUAGCUACAGGCAGCAGGAGGAGGAGAUGAGGAGGCUGCAGCAGGAGCUAGAGAGGACACGCAGGCAGCUGGUGCAGCAGGCCAAGAAGCUGAAGGAAUAUGGCAGCCUGCUGACAGAAGUCAAGGAACUGAGGGACUUCAACAGGAGGCUGCAGGAUGUGCUUCUCAUGAGAUUGGGCAGCGAGCCUAUGCAUGACAACGGCACUCAGACAAUCAAGGCAGAGGUGGUCGAACCCAUUGUUGAGGCACAGGAGGCGUGCAGAGAAGAAGCCAACACCAGCUCCAGCCACUCGCCUUCACCCAGAACAGUAUACACCUGCAACGAUGGAAAGGUGCACCUGGGUGGUGGCAUCUGGGUGGAGGAGGAGAAGUGGCACCAGCUGCAGCGGACCCAGGGAGACUCCAAGUUCACCAAGAACCUGGCCGUCAUGAUCUGGGGCACAGAGACGCUGAAGAACCGCAGCGUCACAGGAGUGGCCACCAAGAAGAAAAAAGACGCCUUGCCCAAACCUCCACUCUCACCCAGCAAGCUGAAGAUAGUCAGAGAGUGUCUCUACGACCGAGUGUCUCAAGAGACAGCUGACAGCGCAGAGAUCACACAGAGAUUGUCCAAAGUGAACAAAUACAUUUGUGAAAAGAUCAUGGACAUUAACAAGUCCAUUAAGAACGAGGAGCGGCGGGAGUCCAAGCUGCUCAUCAGACAGACAGUCAAGAUGGAGAACUUCACCUACGAUGGCAUGUAGUGAUCAACCGUUGUCACGCCAGCGCCUUCUGCCCCCCCGUGGUCUGCAGGAUAGUGAGGGGACUUGAUAUGGGUGGUUGGGGGAUGUUUGUCACAGUCUCAGUAGGAGAUGUAUUCAUUUGACACAUUACAUUUGUUACUGUGUGAAAUGUAAACACAAGUACACCCCCUUCUCUGCCCUCUAUAUGACUAGAACAACCAUCCCCUUCCUCAGCACCCAGUUGGUCCAUUGGAUGACAGACAGCUUUACCCACCCGUAAAUUUAGUCACAAGUUGAGCACAUUAGUUUGAGGCAUAUGAGCUGGUAUGAGUGUUUUUAUAAGCUUUUCAGUGGAAUUGGUAUGGAGACAUGGUUUUUUUGCGGUGCGUGCAUUUGCGUGAGUCAAAGCAGAGAUUAGAUGUGAUUGUUAGAAAAUGAACCAAUUUAUUGUUCUGUGUCAGAACAUAAUUGUGAGUCCUUAAACUCUUAAGAAGUAAGAGGUGAUUUCCCUUGAUAAAGUCUUCUGAUGCUAUUAGAGAUGUUGCAAUGAUCAAAAUGCGAACUUGCUUGAGAUCUAAGCGGUGUGAGCAGCUGGGUAUUUCAGUGGAUGAUUAUUGAAUGCUCGAGAUCUGAGUGUGCGCUCUCGGCACUUAAAUGCAUGGAAUGGGACAACAGGGUCUCAAAUGCACAAGUCUUAAUUGGUAACAGCCAUAUUAUAUACAUAUCCUAGAGAUGAAUCUUGAGUGUGUGGUCCCUCUUAUUUGGAGAUCAAGUUACAGAGCAUCACUGUAAUAAAAUGAGGGCUUGCAAAUAUUUUAUGGGAAUAGGAUUCUCAUGAGUCAUUUGGUUUCUUUUGUGCUAUAUUUGUCUGUUUUUUUAUUGUUUUUUUUUUUUGUUUUUUUUUUUAAGUUGACCUAAAUAGAAACAUUUACCCAUCAACAGGAGAGCACAAGGAGACGUUCUAAUGUAACAUUCCUGUGUUCCUCUUAAUUAAAGCUGUCUCUUGCAGACGAUAUGACUGUUUAACGAGUUGUAGUGGUACAGGCAUUUUAAUGCCCAGAAAGGCCUUAAUGGAUUUGGCAAUCACUGGGGACUGGUAUGUCCCUGGGUUUUCUAGUAAGCUGUGAUUGUAAAUGUACAGUAAGCUGAAGUGAUGAAGCUUCACCUGCACUUUGCUGUGAGAAUGUAAGAGGCGGCUAGGUACUAUUUUUCUGUUUGAAUCACACCAUUGUCUUGAGCUGAGCUGGGCCAUUUGCAGUAUACCUCCCCUCCUAGUGAAAAGGACCUGUGCUAGACUGGACAAUGCGGGGAAGAAAAUCAGGGCACAGCUCAGCACAGUUCAGGUCAUUCUUUGUGUGGAAGCAGUGUUAGCUGUGGGUAAAGCUGUCUGAGGCACUAUCCUGUGCUGCUGAAGUUCUCUGGGCCUGCUGAACCCCAUAAUAACCCCCUCUUUUUUAAGCCACGCCACAGGGGAACUAAGUAAGGUCGCUCCAGUGACAACUUCCUGCGAGCCAUGCCAUCAGAACUUUGAAAAUGUCCUCUCUUUUUUUUUUUUUUCUUGUCAUAUUUUUGUUGUUUUUUUGUUUUUUUUUCCUCUCGACUUGUUUUUUCGUUUUGAUCCCAAAUGGUUUGUGUGGCUGUCUGCAGGCUGGAACUAAAUGCUGCAGAUUGAAAUCUCAACUGUGACCUAGCUGUGGCUAACUGUGAAUCUGCUGCAGAGCUGCCCAUCAAGCCUUCCUCCUCCUCCUCCUCCUCCUCCUCACACUCUAGAUUCUUGUUUGUCGGUCGGUUUUAUUUCGUUCUACCAUUCUGUCUGUCUGGGUUUUUGUUAUUUCUUACAGUUUGAUCAACCAUUUUGUUAAGCUACUUUAUGUUUGGAUAUAUUUUAGUGUACAUAAAAUACAUCUUUUUAUUUUUCACCAAACAUGGAUAUUUCAGUUUCAUAGUCAUGUUACUUGUUACAGUUUUAAGCUUCUGGUCUGUUUUUGGCUGGUUUGUUUAAUUGACGUUGUAAUUCCUUUGUUACCUGACACUUUGUUGUGUUUCUUUUUACAUUUAAUGUUUUUCUUUUUUUCUUUUUUUCCUACGAAUUGUUGGCUUUAAGCUUGAUAUUGUAUCCAAAUGUAGAUCACUGGCAUCUACAAACAAUUUAAAAAAAGAUCUCUCCCUUAGCCAAAGUGAUCUCCGUGCAACACGAGAUAAGGCUUCCCUUAACAUCUGACUUUGACAGAGCCCAUUUAUUGUACUAAAUUUGCAAGAUGUGAAAGUUAUUCGAUAAGCCUUGAUAAGGCUAUACCUUAUUUCUAACAAUCUGCUUUAGUUAAGUGAUACAGGAAUUCUGUAUUCUUAAAUCAUGUACUCUGGCAAUUGAGAUGCAGUAGUUAGUUCAACACAAAUCAUUUACAUUGAAUGCACUUUAAACUUCUAGACAAUUUCUCCAAUCUUAAGGAAAUGUAUUUGUUGUAUUCGUCCAAAUGUAUUUUUUAUUUUGUUUGUUCUUUUUCUGUUUUUAUUUUGUUUUGUCUCUAUACAAUAUGGCCCAACAAUCAUUGUAUUUUUAUGAAGCACCUUAGAACACCCUGGUUUGUUGUUUUGUAUGGGAAGAAUGAGAUAUGGGAUAUAGUUUCGUUCUGUCAGUCAGAUACGCCUCUGGUGCGCCAGUGUGGCUCCAACUAGCUUUAGAGAUAAACAAUUUCCAAAAUGCAUUUUAAAUCAUUCAAAAUUUAUUUGGGGUGUUGAGAAAACCAGGCUUCCACAAUUCAUGCUAUGCUGAAAUUGGAUUUUACUGGAUAGCACCAACUUGGCUCCCUAUUGCCUGGGCAAUAAAUGGUUUACCUGGCAAAUCGAUAAGCAAAAGUCCAACAACUUGACUAUCCGCUUGCUUGGUUUUCCACUCCAUCACCCAAAAAACAUGAUUCACCAAUCUAAAAAUCUUCUAACAGUGAAAUGUGCACACUGACUGGAUUAUGUGCUUUAACUUAAUGUGUCAAGAUGCUGGUUGUGUAUAGAUAUGAGCUAUAUAUAGAUAAUUGUGUAUUUUUACGGAUGAGUGGUAAUGAUAAGCCAAAGUACUGAAUGCUGAGAUCAAGGUAACGAUGGGGGGAUGCUGACUGAGGAAUGAGCGGGGUUUGCACAAAAAAAUGGCCCUUGCCAAGGUUUUUGAGCUUAGUGAAUCUUAAGCAACUACAAAGGUGAAAUAUUGACUAUAUAUUUUUGUUUCCUAAAAAUGUAUCCCUUUUACAUGGUGUCCUUUUUUUCUGUACAAAGCAAUGUGAGGUUUACGUGCUAGCAUGUAUGGAAAACAAUACAUGCACAUAAAGCUUUUUAGAUGGUGUGUUUUGGAGAAAAAAAAAAUUCUGCUGUGCAAACCAACCUCGCUGAAAUUCUGUGACACAUUGUCAUUGCCGUAUUGUGUUUUCUCUUUGUUUGCUUGUUUUCUGAUGCCAAAAAGGGGGUGUGGUUAAAAUAGUGCUUAAGAUAGAGCAUUACUAGAGCUAUUACGUCAUCUGAAAUGUUAACUUGUUUAUCAAAGGCUGGUUUCCUGGAGCUCGAUUAAGCCUAAUCCUUUAACUAAAACCAUCUUCAGUGGUUGAAAUCUGUUUGAAAGUAUGUUUUUAACCCAGAUUUGGCUUAAUCUGUUCCUGCAAGGCCAAUCUCUAUUAAAUGGACUGAGUCACAUGUGAAGGACCAGUUUGGGUUUUAGCAGCAUACUAGUGACACCAAUAAACACACUGGCAGAGCCACUGAUAGAUACUGUACACUACCUUGGCUCUGUAACACAGCACCAGACUGCCCAGUACUCUCACUAUCAUAUUACAGUAAAGGGAGGGAGAACAUUUAAUUUCCGCAGGCUCUGUGCUCCCUGUCUUGUACCACCUGUAGCUCCCUGCUCCCCUGAGAUUUUUAUGGACUGGAUUUAGAAAAAAAAAAAAAAAAAUAGCAUAUGUAUCCAGAAAAUAACAAAUCCACCCUGUCCUCUUUGCUUGGUGUUUUGGCUUAUGUUCUUAACAGCUGUCAAAUCUGCACAAGUAAAGGCGCUUUAUGUUGCUUUUUGACAGGUUGAUUGGGAAAAGAGAUCAGUCCUAGCUGCACUGUGUGAAAUAAGAUCAACGGCUUCAUCUCAGUUCUCCCAACUAACUGUAAAAAAAAAAAAAAAAAGAAAAAGAAAAAAAAAAGACCCAUUACUGUUUUAAGCCUCAGAUACAAUGUCAAACUUACUCCAAAUGAGACUGAUGGGAGGGAAAACAUUGUUAGGCCUAUAUUUUUCUUAAAAGUAGCUGUGAGCAUUCAAAGGUCUGCAGUAAUGUUGUAUACAAUCCACAAACCGGUUCUACUUCAUCUAGCUUCACCGUCCUACCUCAUUGCUACUCUGGUGUUUGUUUGUCAGUGACUGUAAACUAUGUAUGUAUAUUAAAAAAAAAAAAAAGCUAUAGGAAAGGUAUACCUGAUUACUCUCAAUAUGUACAGCAUAUAAAAACUUGUUAAACACCUCAGUACACAGUAUCAUUCUUAGGAGAAAAAAAAAAUCAGUUUUAUUACCUGCUUUAAGAUGCUGCUGUAAAGGGUUGUCUGCGUGGGGGGUUGUCUCUGAAUAUAUAUUUCCGCUCUUUGCUAUGUCGUGCAGUUGAUCAGUGGAUGUGUUCUGUCUCUGUAUCGCGUUCUGAGAUUUUUACUGGGUGACGGUGCUACCAGCAAACAGGUUCUAAACUGAUCUGUCUCUCGGACCUCAAAUGGUGCUGUUUUUCUAUGUUUUUAUCCUCAUACAGCUCUGUGUUAUUCAGGUGUGUCAGUCGCCAAUAUCCCCUCAGCUAAUCAAUUCUAUGAGAUUUAAAGCCAAAAUUUUUUGCAAAAAGAUUACCCUGCUGUUAUCUACUAUCUGCUAUCCAUCCAAAUAUUGUAGCUAGUGAUUAUAUCCUCUGCUGUGAGUUUUAAGAAGUACCUCAGAACUUGCUCAUUUUAAAUGGAUGCAUCUGCUUCUAGCACUCAUUGUCUAAUCUUACCUUAUUGCAGUAUAUUUUAGAAAUAUGCAUUUUUAAUGGCUAGUUCAGGUUACACUAGAUAGUACACGACUAGAUCACACUCAGAUGAAUAUUGAAUUAAAAUGAUACCACUGUUCACUGGUUGCAUGUCAGGUUGACUUUGUAAGAAAAAUCUCAAUUUGGACUGGGCAGUGUAUAUUUGGCACAGUAGAUGUGGUCUUCAGCAAAGUGUGUGUUCUCUUUCGGUCAAAGUAAUCGCUCAGCACAGCUUGUUUACACAGGGAGAGGGUUUCCAUUGGUGGUUCUGGGUGACAAUGAGCUGUAACAUCUUACUAGAAAUAAGUUUGGGACUGCACCAAACAGGGCUCUCUAUCUGACGGAGAGUGAAAUGUCUUGCAAAUCUUUUGAAGAUCGCUGAAAAUUUCCACGAUAUAUUUAUGAUGAACGUUUUGGGGAAUGUCAGGGUGUUAAUUUCAACUGUGAUAAGACAGAAAUUUUAACCAGUCACAAGCUGUGAGCCCCACUUGUGUCUCAGUUUUGUUUAUCUCCUUGCUCCUUGCUGCUGGACAUAGAGUUGUCAUAAAAUCAGCGUGAUUAUCAAUGUUUUUAAAAAAAUCUUGUUGAAUACUGUGAACCAGGGUCAUAGAUACAGCACAGUAUCUGGGCUGUAAGGCUUGGGGAAUAACUAAAAUACAAAACCUGCAUCUUACUUUGCUUGUGCAGACACCAAUGGAAAUUCUUCUCUGUAGUCCGCUCAACCUGUGCACCAAAGCUUUUGUUUUCUCAUGGUGGGUUACUCUCUCCAUUAAUAUGUAUUUAUUUUAUACUCUGACCAUGUCUGUGAACGUGACGUGUGCUGGUGAAUUCCUCUCUACUGUGAGUGAGGUGUUACGAUACAGAAGAGCUGAUUUCAUGGAAGCACUUAAGCCAUUUCUUGGACUAUUUCCUUAAUGGUCUGAGUCUUAAGCUUUGCUCUGGUCUUGGGAAUUGACCCAGACCGUUUUCUGUGUAACUGAAUUCUCAUACAGGUGUUGGGUUGUAAUCACCUGGUACCACAUUAGUGUUGGAUGGAGGGCUAACCAGAGAGAGAAAACUAGUCUUCAAACAUGUGAAUGUGUCUGCAGACCCGUGACAGAUUGAGUCAGAAGAUGAGAGCGAUGUGUCAAAUCUGUACAGAACUAAACUACCAUACUCAUUUAAAUGAACUGAGUUCAGUUAAGCUGUACUACUACACAGGGCUGCUUGGAUAUAUACCUGUCCAUAAUAGUUGUAACUGCAUUGCAGAACAAUAGGGAAAGGCAGGGUUCUUACUGUAUGGUGUAUUCCCCAUCGGUAAUGAUAAGAGUGAGGAGUUUCAAGACUAUUGCAGUUAUGAUUAAGAACAAAUGGUUCUGCAACGGGCCUCUGGAUGUGGGGCCUGGUAAUGAGAGAGUUAGACUCCCUCACCCUACUUUAGCCUCCCAAAGGCAACUUUUUUCAUUUACAGAAAAUGUAAUAAUUAUAUAUUCUAGAGAGUGUACAUGUCUUUGCUAAACCGGUCACACCUCUGCUAUGCGAGCAACUCUUUGAUGCUUAGCAUCCUGUUCUGUUCUGUGUUUCUCUUGCUGCAGUCAGGAACACUUGUUUAAUGUACAGAUCAACAAAAAUAAAUCCAGACUUUUAUUCUAUCAGCACAAA